CUAACUUUUAAUCAUUCAACAUGUCUAGACGACUAACUUUGUGUGCGAUUAUACUUGUUGUGGUCUCUCAGAUUUCCGCGAAUUCAUUUGAAGAGUUCUUCAGUCAGCAAACUUCAAAAAUGAACAACUUCAUUAGAGAUCAAUUCAAUCUUGUCGAAAGCGCUGUUAAUUCAAGCUACGUAGGGACGAUUGAAAUACAAAAUAAAGUCAGCGAUUAUGUAGAAGAACAGAAGAAGAAAAUAUCCAACGAUGUCAACAGCUAUGUUGAAAAAUUCCAAGAGACCGGGCGAAACUUCAUGGAAACCUACUCCUUUAUGCCGACAGAGGAUCCUGCUUCGUUAUUGGAGAAAACAGAUUUAGUAUUAUCCGUGCCAGCGAUCAUAAGGCGUAAUGGUUACGACUGUGAAUCACACACAAUCCUCUCUGACGGUUUUCUGUUAAACGUUCACCGAAUCCCUCGUUCUAAAGUUGGAGGACCUGUUUCUAGAAAUACUGUUCUUCUUCAUCACGGUUUAUUUGCCAGUUCUGCCGAUUGGAUCCUUAAUGGCCCUCAGAAAGCCCUUGCGUAUGCACUAGCUGAUGCUGGUUAUGAUGUAUGGAUGGCGAACAUAAGGGGAAAUAAAUAUUCCAGGGAACAUAUUCGAUAUAAGGAAAACACCAAGGAAUAUUGGAACUUUUCGUGGCACGAAGUAGCAGUGUUUGACGUUCCCGCGGUGAUCGAUUACAUUCACAAAGUUAAAGGGGUCGAUACAAAAAUUGUUUACAUAGGACAUUCCAUGGGAACUACAAUACUUUUCACAAUGCUGUCUGUUCGUCCGGAAUAUAAUAAUAAGCUCGUUGGAGGCAUAGCUAUGGCCCCGGAAGUGUUUUUAUCCAAUAUGGUGUCACCAUUGAAAUCGAUGGCUGGCAUAACGAGCGGGUUUGCUCACGCACAAAUCGUGGCUGGAGUUUAUGAGUUCGUACCGAAAGAUUCCUUUUUGGGUCGCCUACACAAAAUGUGCGAAGCUGAACACGCUAACACCAAAAUUUGCAAUAACAUCAUAUUUUAUCUUUGCGGUGAAGAUCAAGAACAGUUCAACCAAACAGUGCAACAUAUGUUUCUAUCCAAAUUGGGAACAGGCACGUCUUGGAAAACGGCUGUGCACAUGGCCCAAAUGAUUUUGUCGGGCAGAUUUCAGCACUUUGACUACGGUUACGAAGAACGCAAUCUGAGGAUUUACGGUACUGCGACACCGCCGGAUUACGAUUUAAGUAAAGUUACGUUGAAUAUAACUUUGUUUUGGGCGAAGAAUGACCUGCUUUCAAAUGAAAUGGAUGUGAGAAAGCUACACGAGACGCUACCGAUGACGACGCAGAUGUAUUUAGUGCCGUACCCGAAAUUCAAUCACGUGGAUUACUUGUGGGCGAAAGAAGCACCACGAUUGAUCAACAAUAAAGUUUUUGAGAUAUUAAUGGAUACAUUUUAGGGAAGUAACUCAAAUAUCGACA